AUGCUCCUGUUUCGCAACGGCCGAGGUGUACGGUACUCUGCCCGAUGCCGCCCCAAUUGCCCUCCCCUCACCUUCGUGCCACAGCAGGACCUCCCUCCCUGCCAAUACAUCCGGCCUGGCCGUGUUGCCCCUUUCAUACCGCGUCGCAACACGGGCGUCCCCGAUUUCGGCAAGAACAUUUUUCUUGACCUCUUCCGAAAUACAGAGAAUCAUCAGGGCGCCCUUGCGCAAGCUUAG